UACGCCUGCAAUGUGUAAUAGGAAGCCAGCUUGUUGAGAAGAUACCAAGUUCAAUCACGGAGAGUGGAUGAAUCGAUUUCGACAUGUCUCCACUAUGGAUGGCGAGGCUCUUCGCCUGGAGGGAGAUUUGGGAGAAUGGUCUACAAUUUCAAAGAGCGGAGAUUCACGCCAUCGGUGGCGCAAGUAGUCAUGUGUAGCUCACCAAUCUGAAAGUGACGCGCCAGAUAUGAAUCAGGGCCCUCCAUCUCCAGCAGUGGUCCAGGUGACUGAUUUCCUCAGGUCCCAGUCUGCAUGAAAUCGUUGAAAGGAUAGAAUCCGGCAUGACAGCUGAUUUUGAACAGCCACUGAUGUCUGAUCGGCGAUCAAGCGUUGACACAACGUGGUUGCUUUCCCCCAAUCUCACCGUUUGCUACUAUCUUCGACGUUUCAUUCGAUCAUGAAGAGCACUACGAAGCUCGCAUUUGUUCUCGGUGUAUCCAUCGCCUUUUUUGUAGCUGAGAUUGCCAUAGGGUUCCGGACGAAGAGUCUGGCAUUGAUUGCAGAUGCGUUCCACUAUCUCAAUGACAUCGUGGCAUAUGCUAUUGCUUUUGCCGCUGCAUACUUACAAGACAAAGGACACAAUACUGUCGGGUUUACGUACGCCUUCCACCGUGCCGAACUAGUUGGGGCCUUCUUCAAUGGGGUGUUUCUGCUUGCCCUGGCGCUGUCGAUAUUCCUGCAGUCCCUGGAGCGAUUCGUGCACAUAGAGGCCGUUGAAAACCCCGUUCAAGUGAUGAUUAUCGGCUGUGUUGGCCUCUGCCUCAACAUCAUCAGUGUUCUUGUCGUGCAUGACCACGGUGGACACGGUGGACACAGCCACAGCCACUCCGGGCCAGCGUCUGCUUCUCCGAUCCCUAUGGAGCGACACUCCCAUGACGGUAGUGUCCAUGCGCAACAUCACCACACCUUGUUCCCUCCCACGCAGAAGCUCCAGUCGGACCUGGGCCUCUUCGCCGUUUUGAUCCAUCUGCUUGGUGACGCAGUCAACAGUCGGUGUCUUGGAUCUCUCUUGGCUUCUUACCACCACGUGCACCUGAUCGGCGGCCCGCGACCGAAACCCUCCGACCUCGCAAACGCACGACGGGGCACGUAGCGGCGCGCACGCUUAGUAGCUUGAAUACUAUCUACCCUACUUGACACAGCAAGUGAUAAUGUACGGGGCAGGUGGACGACGUAGCAACACACCCGCGAGCUCAGCGCCCACGAGCGCCAGUCAGACACAGCGAACUAUGGGCACCAGAGCGACGCCGCUGAGGGAGAUGCAUCUAAGAACGGACCUCACAAGGGAGCAGCUAUACAAAAUGGAAUCGGGCAUAGACCUCAGCACCAUAACCACCCAGGAAGCAACGAGAAGUCUGAUAGCGAAGGGAUUCUUAACGGAAACGCGGCCACGGGUGGCUUGUCAGUGAUAGUCGCAGACGCACUACGCACCGUAGCACACUUGGUCGAAACGCUCAACGGCCCCACGCACAUCAAGCAGCUAGGAGAAGACAUCCAAGGGGUGCUAAGGAUUCUACAAGGAGAACUCGCCGACCCUAACGACGACGAAGAGGGGCAUGGACGGCCUACACUGAUGACGGCAAAGCUCACCAACACCGUCGAGCAGCACUGCAAAACCCUGGAACGAGCCACCACACAACUCGAAACGUGCAUAGACGAAGCGUCAGCGCGGGCAGCAAAAGCCGCGGCUCACACAACGAGCGCGCUCCAAGCGCGCACCGUCACAUACGCAGACGCGGUACGAGAAGCACCACCACCUCAGCUGGCGACAGCUUUCGCGCAAUCUCGAGCCCGCAGACUACAAAUCACCAUACGCCCGGAACGCGACACAACGGCCACAUGGCAGAACCUAAACGACAGAGAGACCCUCACAAAAGUCAACAUCGCGCUGACCACGGCACACGAAAACGAAAACACGAACGGCAACGAAAAGCCAGAGGAGCUGAAAGCACGAGCAUCGCAGCGCACCAGGAAUGGUGCUUUGAUCAUACACAUGACGACAGUGGAGGGCGCAGAAUGGAUACAACAGCCGGAAAACAUGCGGGCCUUCUUGGGAGCACUAGGAGGCACCACCGUACACACCCCGCACAACUACACUGUCAUAGCGGACUUUGUACCAGUGACCUUCGACCCCGAAUCACCCACGGCCAUCAGCGAGCUGGAAGACAACAACGGGCAUGAAAACGGGCAGAUUGCCAGCGCGAGAUACAUCAAGCCGAUGGAACGGAGGGCGCGUGGACAGAGGGUCGCCCACGUUACGAUCGGAUUCAAGACAGCGGAGGCGGCAAACAGAGCCAUAAAAUUCGGGCUGUUCGUAGAGUGCACAAAGGUAAACUGCAGGAAGAUGCUACAAGAACCGACAAGAUGCGUCAAGUGUCAAUUCUACAACACGGGGCACGUAGCAAGAACCUGCAACUCCAUCCACGACACAUGUGCAAGAUGCGGAGAAAUGCACCGCACCAGCACGUGCGCCGCCACAGAUGAACAGGUAGCAUGCUCGAACUGCAGGGCUAACAAUCUCCCAGCACAUGGACACGGAGCCGCUGACCGAACAUGUCCGGUGUUUGCCAAGACCCUACAAGAAAGUCGCCAACGCAACACCGAUGCGCAGUACCGAUACUACCCAACCGCCGAUGACCCGGACAGCUGGGAGACCACCCAUGCACACGCGCCAGACAUCCAGCACCAAGGGCGCACCUUCCAAGGUGGAAACCGACCAACGACACAUCCACCGGCAACGACAGCGAACACAAUCACGAUCACGCCACGUGCAACACAACGGCCAGACACACAUACGGAACCACCGGCACUACAAGCCCAGAGGCCAGCUCGCCAGGCGCGCACCUUUGGCACCUCAGGUGCAUCUGUUACAGAUGACACCCCCCCCUCUAAGGCCCUCGGAAGUGGUCAAAAUUGGGGCCUAACAGGCCCCGUCAUGUCCGGAUGGGUCUGCGCUUCUGCGAUCAAUAUAGUGACGUGAGCUUCUAGUACCUUCCUAAUCCGGUAGCUUGCCAUCAAUUUUACUGUUAUAUUCCUCUCUUCAAA